AUGAUAUCACUGUCUAAUAGAAUCAUCAGUCAGUGUAAUAGAUAUCAUUUACCCAAAUCUUGUAUCCAACUCGUAUCCAUCACUACGUUGAAAGUUGAAAUGUCAACAAGCACGGUCAGCUCAAGCACAAAGAAAAUCAUCAACGUAUCAUCACCCACUACAAUACCGUACCCAGGACAUGCUACCAUCACACAAUUAGAUCAAAAGGCCAUAGAGAAGGAGCGUUUGAAAUUGGAGAGACAGAAAGCAGCAGAGGAAAAACGAGCGAGCAAUGCCCGUUUCAACACAUAUCUGGAUUCUCUGCCUACUUUGAUCUACCCUAACUUUUAUCAAGUAGACUGCAUUGGUAACAUGGAUGAAGCAAACAGGCGUCUGCGCCAAAUGACAAAGACUGAAAAGAUAUUUGGAGUCGAUUUGGAGUGGCCACCCACUUUUAUCAAAGGCCAGUCUGAAAAGAAGACAUCUCUAGUUCAGAUCUGUUCAGCAAACAACAUUUUAUUGCUCCAACUUGGCCGAAUGCAUGGAUUCCCUAGUGAAUUGAAACGGUUCUUUGAAGAUAAACAAGUGCUGAAGAGUGGCGUUAAUAUUGGAGCUGAUGGACUCAAGCUGUACCGUGAUUUUGGCAUCAAAACAAAUGGCCUUGUGGAGCUUAGAGAUGUUGCCGAAUCAGUGAAAUCACCCAAGCUCAAGAUAUCUCACCUACGAUCAUUGCGUGCAUUAACUGGCAUCUUUCUGGAUCAAAAUAUGGCGAAGGGGAAGGUUAGACUCAGUAACUGGAGCAGGCCAGAUCUAUCAAACACACAGAUCAAAUAUGCUGCCCUCGAUGCUUAUGCUUCCUACAAAUUAUACGUGGUUUUGAACGAGCUGCGGGAUCAAUCAAAACCCAUUGCAGUACGACACUUAUCACAAGAGGAUCUAAAGAAAUCCCUCAACACUAAAAAGAAACCUCUUGAGAACCAACCAUCAAGCGCAAGCCAUGCUGUACACAACAAAUCUUUUCCAACGUCAACUACCACAGUGAUCCUCAAAAAGAAGUCGUUCGUUCCAGCUGGAAAACCUGUAAUGACAAAUACAAAGAACGAAUCCUGA